AUGGAAUUGCUYAAAGAAAAAAUCUUUAAACUAAAAAAAGACGCAGAAAAGUCAACCCUUCAAGCGGAAAUACUUGAACAUAAAUUGUCGGCUGAAAAAGACCGCUUCGAAAGAGCCGAAGAGAAACUCGCUUCAUUAAGUAAAAAAAUUCAAAAUACUCAAAUCGAGCUAGAAAAGACGGUUAAUGAAAUUCAAGGUAAAGAAAAGGAAAUCGAGAAACAGAAGUUUACUUGUGAAGCUAACGAGAAAAUAUCUGAUGAAUUAGCUGAAGGAGAAAUGAAAAACACGGAAGACGAACAAGAACUGAAGCACCAAAUCAAAGAUUUGAAUGACUUCACGAAUAUUGUACAAAUGGAAUAUGAAGCAACGCUGAAAAAAAUCACUGCUAUGAUAAAAGAGAAAACACGCCUUGAAGAAGACGAGGAGCACUUGUGCGCRCAAGAGAGCGUCUURCAAGAAAAGCUGCAGGAUUUCUCAGCGAARKUCAAGAAUUACAAAAAUGMAGCGUMUAGAAAAAAUAAGCAAGGAAGYCCCGAGAAAAGAUGUUCUUUGUUGAAGCAAAGGUUGCAGAAAGCCGAGUUGAUCUUAGAGAAUACAKACAGGAAGACUCAAMAGCUUGAGAGAACACUGUGCAUGYUGGGAAAAGAKCUACAAGACAUCAAAUCAAGUCAACAAGAAGCUGAUAUGGAGUUGCAAGGAAUUUUGAGCAUUGCUCAUGAGAAUUAAUAAACAAACUGAUCCAUCUUUGAUUCCAACCCAGCAACUUGGUUCUCUUUAUUCUCGUCAAGUUCUUUUCGCUUUGGCUUCUCCAGCA